AUGGUGACAAAGAAGGCAAGUCCAAUCUUUGCCAGUAAAGAAGAUAGUAACUUCAGAGAAGCAUUGAAGCUUUAUGAUGCCAAACAAUACAAAAAGGCAUUGAAAUUAGUUGAAGGAAAUUUGAAGAAGCAUUCUCACCAUGCUGAAUCUUUGGCCCUUAAAGGCUGUAUUACCUUUCACAUUGGAGCUAAGCAAGAUGCAGAACCAUACAUAUUGAAAGCAGUGGAAAAAGAACCCACAAACUACUUAGUUAACCAUUUGGCAGGGUUAUAUUACAGAUCAGUUGAAGAUUAUCACAAGGCUGCCAAAUGGCUCAAGGCUGCCAAUGAUAAUGGAUCACCAAACAAACCUAUAUUAAGAGACUUGUCGUUUAUGCAAUCCCAAAUUAGAGAUUACAAGAACUUGAAGGAGUCGAGACAACUUUAUUUAGAGCAUCAGCCUGGUUAUAGAGCCAACUGGACUGGAUUAGCAGUUGCUCAGCAUUUGAACAAGGAAUAUCAUGCUGCUGUUUCUACUUUAGACAAGAUUGAAAAUAUCAUAAAGGAGCACCUUACUGAUGCUGACAUGUAUGAACAAAGUGAAUGUGUUUUAUACAAGCAUCAAAUACUUAGCGAAGCUGGUGACUACGAGAGAGCACUCAAGGCUCUUGAAAAUGAUAAAGAUAGUAUUAAGGACAUGUUGUCCUACAUGGAAUACAAGGCCAAGUAUCUUCUUCUUUUGGGUCAAAAGAAGGAGGCUUCUCUAAUCUAUCGUGAGCUUUUAAAGAGAAAUCCAGACAAUAUUUCCUACUACCCCUUAUUGGAAACUGCAUUGGACACCACUUCUAAACCAGAGGAGCUUAGACUUAAAUUAUACGAAAAGUUGGGCAGAUAUUACCCACGUUCCGAUCCUCCAAAGUUCAUUCCAUUGACUUUCCUUUCAUCAGAAGGUGAUUUGUUUGCAAAGAAGGCCAGAGAUUAUAUUAUCCCACAAUUGUUAAGAGGGGUUCCAGCCACAUUCGUCAAUGUCAAGCCAUUGUAUUUAAACCCUAAGAAAUCACAAGUUAUUGAAGAAAUUGUAUUGGACUUUUACCAACACGAUUUACCAAAACUUGAAAACCCAACUGUUGCCGUGUGGACUGAAUACUUCUUGGCCCAACAUUACUUGUACAAAAAUGAUUUAGAUUCUGCCGACAAGCACAUUGAUCUUGCAUUAGAGCAUACUCCAACUUUGGUUGAAUUAUAUAUCGUCAAGGCAAGAAUCAUCAAGCAUAGAGGUGAUUACGUCAAGGCCAGUGAAGUCAUGGACGAAGGGAGAAAGUUGGAUUUACAAGAUAGAUUUAUCAAUUCUAAAACCACCAAAUACUUAUUACGUGCUAACAAGGUUAACGAGGCAAUUGAUUGCAUUUCCUUAUUUACUAAAUUGGAUGAAGAUGCAAUUAAUGGUUGCAAGGACCUCCACACUAUGCAAGUCAGCUGGGUAUUGGUUGAAAGUGCUGAAGCUUAUACCAGAUUGUAUCAUGAAUAUCAAGCAAAAUUGAACGAAUUGAGAAAUUGUGAAGCAGAAGAAAAUGAGGAAUUAACUCAAGAAUUGCUUGAAAAUAUCGAAACCUACAGAGGUUUGGCUCUCAAAAGAUUCACUUCGAUUGUUAAGCUUUACAAGAUUUUCUACAAUGACCAAUACGACUUCCAUUCUUAUUGUAUGAGACGUGGUACCCCAAGGGACUACAUCGAUACUCUUAGAUGGGAAGACAAAAUUCAUUCUACUCCUAUCUAUACAAGGGCAUUGAAGGGAUUAUCUGAGUUGUAUUUUGAAUUGUAUUCCGAGUCUUUGAAUGACAAUGAAGAAUCAUCUCAAGAAGUCAAGAUCAAGAAGACCAACAAGAAGCAAAAGAAAGCCAAGGCACAAAUGAAUAAGAAGAAAACUGAAUUUAUCGCUAGAGUAGAAAGUGAAAAGGAAGACGCAGAUCCAUUGGGUGCUAAGCUUUUGCAUGAUUUACAAAAUAGUGAUGUUAUUGAAGCAUUAUUUGAAUUGUUUAAAUCUUUGAUAGAAGAAGGCAAGGAUUUGGAAUUGACUUGGAAGGUUUUAUUCAAAGUCUACUUGAUCCAAGGGAAAUACGUCUUGGCACUUCAAGCGGUCAAGAAUUUGAAUAAGGUUCUCAAUCCUUAUGGCGAGAAGAAGUUGCGUGAAAUCGGAUCUAGAGUUGUAGAAUUGGCCACAACAUCCAAAAAUGAUGACAAGGCUAAUGCAGCUAUUGUCAAAGUUGUUGAAAAGGGAUUACACUCUGCAUUCCCUGAAUUCGAACAAUUAUCUACAGACGAAUUUCUUGAACUUUACAAUCAAUAA